GGGGUGUGGAGGUUAGGCGGAGGGGGGUUUAAAGGUUCAGUUGGAGGAUUGGGAGUUCUACCCAAAGCUUCUUCACCACGUGGAUCACCGGGGAGAGGAAGGAGGACACCAUGGGGUGCUGCAGUGGCAGGUGUACCUUGGCCUUCAUCUGUGGCAUGCAGCUGGUCAGCGUGCUGGAGCGCCAGGUGAUCGACUUCCUGGGAUACCAGUGGGCUCCGCUGCUGACCAACUUCCUCCACAUCAUCGUGGUCAUCCUGGGCCUCUUCGGCACCAUUCAGUUCAGGCCCAGAUAUGUCACCGGGUACGCAGCCUGGCUGGUCGUGUGGAUGACCUGGAAUGUUUUCAUCAUCUGUUUCUACCUGGAGGUUGGAGAUCUAUCCAGAGACUCUGACCUCGUGCUGACGUUCAACCUAUCCAUGCAUCGCUCCUGGUGGAUGGAGAACGGGCCCGGGUGCCGGGUGACACCCGUCACCCCUCCUCCCUCCUGGGCCCCCGAGGACCACCGGUACAUAUCCAUAUCCGGCUGCCUGAUGGACUUCCAGUUCAUAGAGGUGGCCCACUCCUCGCUGCAGAUACUCCUGGCUUUGAUGGGGUUUAUCUACGCCUGCUACGUGGUCAAGCUCAUUUCGGAGGAGGAGGACAGCUUUGAUUUUAUAGGAGGGUUCGACUCGUACGGCUACCAGGGGCCUCAGAAGACCUCCCACCUUCAGCUGCAGCCCAUGUACAUGUCAAAGUAACAGCCAGGAGCGCUGCCUUACCAACCCCCCACCGCUCAAAAUCCUGCUUCUACGCCUACGACUGUCAACAACCAAGACACAGUCAAGCAGAGAAGAUACAGAAGACCCUCAGAUAUUCUGCAGUUCAACCCCCCCCCCCCACUCCCUCCCUUCAGUAGUCUGGUUGCUCCCCUGUUCUGCCUGUCUUCUGUGUAAAUGAGAUUUAGUCUGAUCCUGGUGAAACACUGGCCUCUUGUGGCUCAACGCGGUAACUGCAGGACAGACAAGCAGACGAUGCCUGCGUCGGGUUGCUUUUUUGGGGGGUCUCUGAGGGAUCAAUUGUAUUGACCUCGUGACUUUGGGUCGUCUGCGGUGUGUAGGAAACCAAAGGGAUUGUAAAGCGAUCGUAAAGAAUUGCCUCGACGUGUUUCUUCAGUCUUCCGCGGAGGACUCAUGUCAUACAGCCGGUUAAAUUCCCUCCCUGGAUCGUCUUGCUCUUUGUGACACCGGACUUCCAAAACGGACUGACCAAGCACCUCCUGGCAAGACCACCGAUACGGGAGCUUCAGACAUCUUUCUUUUCUAUGGUUACACAUAUUUGAUCCGGCUGUUUCCGGGAGAAACGAUGAAUGUUAAAGGACAUAUAAAGGAUAUUCAGACGCACAGGCUCUUUGGUGAUGCGUAUGUGAACACACACGCAUGCCCAAACACACACACACACA